AUGAGAGGUAACAAGACACUUUCACUGCUUGAAGCAACGGGUAAACAACGCAUUCUCAACGCGCGUAUAGAAGUAGAUAUGAUCAGAAGACAAGCUCGUGAGAGACGUGAAUACCUGUACCGCAAGGCAGUCGAACUGCAAGAGGCCUCUCAACACCAAAAACGCCAGCAGCUGAAGGCUGCUCUAGCGUCUGGUAAACCGCUUCCAAAAGAGGUGGCCGAUGAUAAGACGCUUCAGAAGGACUUCAUCUUUGAUGAGUCGAUACAAGAUAGUGUUGAUGAUGAGUACUCCGCGCUCAGUGGAUUGGUUGAUCCGAAGAUCAUCGUUACAACAUCUAGAAACCCAUCUUCCCGUCUCGCACAGUUCACCAAGGAGAUCAAGCUACUCUUUCCAACAGCAGUGCGCUUAAACAGAGGUAACUAUAUCAUGCCAAACCUUGUGUCUGCCUGCCAAUCAUCAGGCACCACGGACUUGGUCAUUGUACAUGAACACAGAGGUGUACCAACGUCUCUCACAAUCUCCCACUUACCGCAUGGACCAACUGCAUUCUUUACGCUUCAUAAUGUUGUCUUGAGACAUGACAUUGUCGGUGCCGGCAAUCAAAGUGAAGCCCAUCCCCAUUUGAUCUUUGAAAACUUCACCAGUAAGCUCGGUAAGAGAGUUGAAACGAUUCUAAAGCAUAUGUUUCCUCCAGGUGUCAAGAAGGACAGUCCUCGUGUCAUCACAUUCAGUAACGAUGGUGACUUCAUCAGUGUUAGACAGCACGUUUACGUCAAGACAAGAGACGGUGUUGAAAUUGCAGAGGUUGGACCAAGGUUUGAAAUGAGACUGUACGAGUUAAGACUCGGGACUUUGGAGAAUAAAGAUGCUGAUGUUGAAUGGGCCUUGAGAAGAUUUGUGCGGACAGCCAACAGAAAGGAUUAUCUAGCAGAAUGA